AUGCCUUCAAAGACAGUUGUUCUGAUUACAGGCGCCAAUAGCGGCAUUGGCUAUGAAGCCGCGAAAGCUUUGUUGCAGUCGAAAAAAUCGUACCAUGUCUUGUUGGGCGCAAGGUCACGCGAGAAGGGCGAGGCCGCAACCGACCAGCUGCAAAAGGAAAUUUUUGUUUCGCCCAGCAGUAUCGAGUUUGUUCAGGUUGACAUCCUGAGCAAUGAAUCCAUUCGCGAGGCUUUCCAGACCGUCGAAGCGAAGUACGGUGUCCUGGACGUUCUCAUCAACAACGCCGGUGUUGCUCUCGACUUUGUGUCCCAGAAUGGCGAUGACGACGACGAGCUUCGUGUUGUUCGCGAUGCCUUCGACAAUAGUUACCGCACCAACGCCACUGGAAGCCACGUCAUGACACAUGCCUUCGCACCGCUCCUUGUGAAAUCGACCGAUCCCCGUCUCCUCUUUGUUACCAGCGGCCUCGCCACUCUCGCAAGCACAAGAGAGAACGGCCUUCAGCCCCACAUGAAAACGCCAAACGUCCCAGCUGGUUGGCCCAAGCCGUCGCUGGCAAAGGCGCAGGGAGCGUACCGAUCAAGUUGA